UUAUGGUCAACACCGAAAUGAAAACUGUUAUUAUCACGCUGCUUUUCGUCCUUGGAGCCUAUGGUGAGCCACCAAGAGCUUUGAACAGCUUGUGUACUUAUCUGGAUGAAGGAAAGGAAACUACUUCCAAUUUGGGAAAUACCAAAAAAUGUUUCGCUCACUAUUUACCAGUUAGAAAGUGAAGGAGCUACCUGGUCGCAGGGAUACAGUAGUUGCCAAAAGUGUGCCAUCGAUGAGAAACAGACCCUGCUAUCAGAUGCCUCUGGGGAACAGGAAGAGAUUCGAGAAGCUGCCCUGAACAUAAGUUCCUUCAUUGACCAGUGUUUAACCCUAGCAGAGCCCUUGGAAUUUUUCAAUUGCUUUGCCAAAAUGUCUAAACUGCAAUUGGCCAACGUGUAUAGUAUUUCCUUUAAUGCCUCCGAACAGGCUUUAAUCCUGAAUACAAAAUUGGGUAGCAUCGAAAUGGAGCACUAUCUGUGCACCAAUAAGACCGAACAUAAUUAUGUCCAAGGAAUUGAUAAGAUCUUUCGUCUGUUGGAUAAAUGUCUGCAACAAAAUGAUACAAACUGA